AUGGCACCUAGAUUUGCAACAGGAUGGAGGAAAUUCGUUCCAUUCAUAGGGUACCAUCAUGUGCUCAUGAUCUUGAUAGCAGUGGCAAUUAUCCUGCUCUCAUUACUCCUGGCAGGAUGUUCUUCAACCUCUCCCCUAAUACCUGGAAUCUACCUCAUCUCGCUAUACUACCAACAAUACCCUGCCAUUUUCUCCACAGUCCAAGUUGACCCGAGUGUGUCUACAGCGAUAGCCAACAUUGUUGGAAACGCGGACCUCAACGUACGAGUGGGAUACUUUGGCAUCUGCAUAAGGGUUGACAGUGGAGCAUGGAUGUGCAAUCAGAACUCGACUGCGCUCGCUGAUCUGGUCAGCAUUGAUCAAGACCCGCUCAAUCUGAUUUGGGUGGCCAGCACGUUCAAGAACGCCGUGGUCUUCCCAUAUCUGAUCAUCAUCGCCAUCGUUCUCGCCUUCCUGACUUUCAUACUGUUGGCAACAUUUCCGGGAUGGCACACCAGCAUGAGCCCGGAUGGAUCCGAGCACGAAGUUCGACCAUUCCCGUCAAGGGCUGUCUCUCAAGUUGCAUUGGCCACCAUAUUUAUCGCAUCAGUUUUUGUCCUGGUGUCGGUAAUGUGGCAGCACACGGCUGCUGUGGCAGCGAGUACAGUUGCUCAAGACCUAGGGAACGGAAGCGUUAAAUCCGGCGUGGGUACGGCGGCAAUGGUACUGGGAUGGUUCGGAUUCGGCCUCCUAGUCGUUGUCACCCUCGGAUUGCUUGUGAUGAUAUUGAGUAUCCAACUGCUGGAUCGACUGACUGAUGAUGUAUGA